CUCCAAACGGUUGUUUGAGACGCGCGUACUGUGAGUUGCGCGAACGGCGGAGUGCUGUGUUUUAUUUAUGUUUUUGCCGAAAGCCGAAUAACACUGCAAAUACAUAUUAAAAAAUAUAUUAGUAAUUAAUUGUUAGUAUUGUGUCAAUUUUAAGUUGUUUCCAAAAGUAUUUCGAUCUUUCUAAGUCAAUAAAUUCCCAGGAGUGCUCGGAAUUAUUUAUGUAUUAAAAGUGCGGUUUUGUGAGUGAAACCGGGAGUGUGAAGCCUCUACAGGUUGAUAUGUGAGGGGUUCGCCGUGUCUGCGUUUCUUGUAGAUGAAUACUUAUUUUAUGUGAUGUGCAGUAUUAUUAACAGUGUUUUGUAUCUUUUGUCGUUAAAGGAGUAAACUGUGCAGUGAGCAGGAGUAGCAAUGUCUGUACAAUCAUAAGGAUGCUGGACGCUAAGAUGCCGACGAUGUCGGCCUUCAUUACAGCCGCCCUAGCCACAUUCGUGGUAGUAGGGUCGGUUGUGGCUGCUGAUCAGCCGAUUUUGCAACCUGGAGUGCCCGGCGAGGAGCUGUCGGGCGGCGUGCAGUGCAGCGCUGAGCAGUUCGCGUGCGCGGAUUCGUCGCGCUGCGUGCCCGCCGCCUGGCGCUGCGACAUGCGCCCGCAGUGUCCCGACGCUUCCGACGAGAUCGGCUGCACGUACAACAUGACGUGCGGCGCGGGGCAGUUCCGCUGCGCGCGCAGCGGGCUGUGCAUCGCCGCGAGCUGGCGCUGCGACGGCGACGCGGACUGCGGGCCGCACGACGCUUCCGACGAGGACCCCUACAUGUGUGAGAAAGACUUCAAGUGCUGGGGCAAGUGGGCGCGCUGCGCCACGCCGGAGCACGGCCAGUUCACCUGCGUGCCCGUGUACCACUUCUGCGACGGCGAGCGCCACUGCCUCGACGGCAGCGACGAGUGGGACAUCUGCGACAACUUCACCGAGGCGUCGUGCGCGCCGCUCGGCUGCAGCACGUGCCGGCCCACGCACGAGGGCGUGGCGUGCUACUGCCAGCCCGGCUACGAGCCGCGCGACGGGCUCUGCGUCGACAGCGACGAGUGCGAGUGGGAGGGCGCGUGCUCGCAGCGCUGCAGCAACCUGCCCGGCUCGUACGCGUGCGCCUGCGCCGACGGCUACGUGCUGCGCGACGACAGGCGCUCCUGCGCCGCCGUCAACGAGCCGGCGGGCGCGCCGCUGUCGCUGGUGGUGGCGACGCAGAGCGGGCUGGAGCGCGUGUGGCCGGAGGGCGCUUCGGCGCAGGCCAACCGCUCGCUCGACGCGCUCGGGGUCAAAGCCUUGGACCUGCACUACUCCAACCGAUCCAUUUGCUACGUCCACCAUAACAUGAGUCGCUCGUCGCUAGUCUGCGUGGACGCGGACAACUUCAACAACCGCACCGUCAUGGCGGCGCCCGACCUGUUCCCCGACCUCAACUCGAUCUCCCACCUGGCCAUCGACUGGAUAUCCAACGCCUGCUGUACUGGGCCGACGCCUACCUGGAGAGCGUCGAGCGCUGCGACUACGACGGCGGCCGCCGCCUCACCGUGCGCCGCGGAUACGUCACGCAAAAACUUCAACACAUUUCCGUACUGGAGAGUACGCUGUAUCUGCCGAUCUGGAGCAACAGCAGCGUGGCGGCCGUGUCGCGCUACAGUCGCGAGCGCCGCCGCAGCUCGAUACCGCUGCGGGCGCGACCGCUCGCCGCGCUCGUCUACCAUCGACAGCGACAGCCUCUCGGUCGUGUCGCACCCGUGCGCGACGAACAAAGGCGGCUGCGCGCACGUGUGCGUGACGGCCUACCGCGGGGACGCGCGCACGCCGCACGCGCAGUGUCUCUGCAAGCACGGGUAUCGCCUCGUCGGCCACGGCGACUGCGAGCGCGUGGAGGCGGAGAGCUACCUGGUGGUGUCGCGCGGCUCGCCGGCGCUGGUGGGCGGGCUGGUGCUGGCGGGGCGCGGCGCGGCGCUCGACGAGCCCUUCGCGCCCGCCGCGCACGCCGCGCGCCCCACCGUGGCCGACGUGGACGUGGACGGCGCGCGCCUCUACUACUGCGACGUGCACAGAUACGAGAUCGUCCGCCAAAAACUCGACGGCAGCGAGCGAGAGGUCUUCGUGGGAGACGACGUCGACAACUGCGAGGGACUCGCCAUAGACUGGAUGGCGUGGCGCGGCUGGACUCGCCGGCGCGGCGCGUGCUGCUGCGGGACCCGCACUUCAACCCGCGCUCCAUCGCGCUCGACCCCGCCAACGGGGUCAUGUACUGGUCGGUGUGGGCGAGCGCGCUGGCCGCUCGCGGACGCAUCGAGACGGCGGCGAUGGACGCGUCCCGGCGCCGCACGCUGCUGGACUCCGACCUUCACUGGCCCAACGGGCUGGUGCUGGACUUGCCGCGCCGAUACCUCUACUGGUCAACACUUCCACUGCGGCCACGGACGCUGCAUCGACUCGUCGUUCCUCUGCGACGGCGACGCGGACUGCCCCGACGGCGCCGACGAGAACGCGGCCGUCGGCGGGCCCUGCGCCAACGUGACGUGCAACGGGGACGAGUUCCUGCAGUGCGGCACGCGAUGCAUCCCGAAGAGCUGGGUGUGCGACGGACUGAAAGACUGCGCGGACGGCGCGGACGAGGCGGCGGGCGCGUGCGCGCGCGCGGCGUGCGGCGCGGCGCAGUUCGCGUGCGCGCGCUCGCGGCGCUGCCUGCCCGCCGCGUGGCGCUGCGACGGCACGCCCGACUGCGGCCGCCGCGACGACUCCGACGAGGCGGGCUGCGAGAGCGAGACGUGCGGCAGCGGAUCGUUUCGCUGCGCCAACGGGGCGUGCGUGCCGUGGGAGUUCUACUGCGACGGACACGCCGACUGUGCGGACGCCAGCGACGAGCGCGCGUGCCCCGCCAGCCCCGCGCCGCCCGCGCCCCGCCGCCCCGCGCACGCGCACUCGCACGGCCGGAACGAAACCGAUAAACUCGGACUCUGCGAGGACCACGAGUUUCAGUGCGACAACAGGGAAUGUAUACGAAAGGAGUUCCGGUGCGAUUCUCGCGUCGACUGUCUCGACGGGUCCGACGAGUGGAAUUGCGAAACCAUACAGACCACUCCCGCGACCACCACCACCACCGUCUCCACCUCCGUCAGCGGCGAGACAGAGUGCGUCGCGCCGGCGAUGCGCUGCGACAAUGGCAGCCGCUGCGUGCCGCUGCAGCAGCUCUGCGACGGCGCCCGAGACUGCGCCGACGGCGCGGACGAGGCCGACCGCUGCGGCGAGCCCAUGUGCGCGGUGACGGCGUGCUCGCACGGCUGCCACGCCACGCCGCGCGGGCCGGCGUGCUCGUGCCCCGCGACGCUGCACCUGCAGCCCGACGGCUUCUCGUGCGCGCCGCAGCACCCGUGCGCCGGCUGGGGCGUGUGCAGCCAGACGUGCCAGCCGCACCGGGAGCGCUACCGGUGCACCUGCUACGAGGGAUACCGGCUGGCCGACGACGGGUUCACGUGCAAGAGCACAGACCCCACGCGGCCGCUGCUGGUGUACAGCAACCGGCACGAGGUGCGCGGGGUGGAGCUGUCGUCGCUGACCUCGCGGGCGCUCGUGUCGUCGCUCAAGAACACCAUCGCGCUGGACUGGUGUCGCACGCAGGCCGGCCUGCAGCUCUACUGGACCGACGUGCUCGACGACAACAUCUACCGCGGCACGCUCUCGGGCGACGCCGUGACCGGUAUAGAAGUGGUAGUCCAGCAGGGCCUCUCCACGGCGGAGGGACUGGCGGUCGACUGGGUCGCCGGCAACCUUUACUGGGUGGAGAGCAGCCUGCAUCAGAUCGAGGUGGCGCGCCUCGACGGCAAGUAUCGGCGGACCCUCAUCGCCGGCGACAUGGACAGCCCGCGAGCCAUCGCCGUGGACCCCGGAGUGGGCUACCUGUUCUGGAGCGACUGGGAGGCGUCGGCGCCGCGCAUCGAGCGCGCGUCGCUGGCGGGGCGGCGGCGGCGCGAGCUGCUGCGCGUGGGCGCGUGGCCCAACGGGCUGGCGCUGGACCUGCCGGCGCGCCGCGUGUACUGGGUGGACGCGCGCGCCGACUCCGUGCACACGGCGGACUACGAGGGCCGCGACCGCCGCGACGUGCUGCGCCGCCACCCCGCGCUGUCGCACCCCUUCGCCGUCACCGUGUUCGAGUCGCACGUCUACUGGACCGACUGGCGCACCAACAGCGUCGUGCGCGCCAACAAGUGGAACGGCACCGGCGUGGCCGUCGUGCAGCGGACGCUCACGCAGCCCUUCGACGUCAAGGUCAUCCACCCGAGCCGGCAGCCGCCGAGCGCCACCAACCCGUGCGUGAACAACGGCAACUGCUCGCACCUCUGCCUCAUCGACGGGCCCGCGGAGCGCGUGUGCGCGUGCCCGCACCUCAUGCGCCUCGCCCGAGACAACCUCGCUUGCGAAGUGCACGAGCGCGCGAUAGUGGUCGGGCGCGCGGGCGAGAUCCGCGGCCUGUCCCCCGAGCAGCCGGCCGCGCACUCGCUGCCCACCCUGUCGGGCCCGCAGCUCGCCACGCCCGCCUCGCUGCAGUACCUCGCCGACGAGUACGCCAUCUUCUGGGCCGACACCGACACGAACGAGAUAAAGCGCGCGGACGUGCGCGGCGGCGGCAGCGGCGGCGUGACGGUGGUGGCGGACGGCGGCGUGACGGCGCCGCGCGCGCUGGCGCUGGACUGGGCGGCGCGCGUUCUGUACUACGUGUCGCGCGGCGCGCUGGUGGCGGCCGGCCUGCGCGGCGACCAUACGGCGCCGCUGCUGCGCGACAUGGAGCACGUGGCCGCGCUGGCCGCUCACCCGCUGCAGGGUCGGCUGUUCUGGGCGACGGUGCGCGCGGGCGUGGAGCUGGUGGAGAGCGCCCGCGGGGACGGCAGCGAGCGCCGCACGCUGCUGUCGGCGGCCGACGAGCCGCACCUCGCCGGAGUCACCGGUCGGUGCCGCCUCGCGCUCUCCUGCUCGAGCUCUCCGAUCGGACUCAAACCUUACCUUUCUCGCCAGGCAUGCGUGUCGACGUCGAGAGUGCCGCUGGAGAGCGGAGCGCGACCCACCGCGCUGGACGUGUACGCGGGCGAGCUAAUAUGGGCCGACGCCGCCGGAGGCACCCUGCGCGCCUGCGGCCGCGACCUGUGCGACCGGCCGCGCCUGCUGCGCAACGACACCGACGGCGUCAUCUCGCUGGUGGUGUACGACGGCGGGCGCCAGCGCGGCGGCGGCGCGUGCGCACUGCGGCGCGACCCGUGCGCGCACCUCUGCGUGCCGCUGUCCGCGUCGCACUCCACGUGCCGCUGUGCGCAGGGGUACUCGCAGCACGGCACGCGCUGCGUGGCCGUGGACGAGGUGCUGAUCUACUCGCUGAGCUGGGAACUGCGCGGGCUGGCGCUGAACGCGUCGGGCGCGGUGGCGGCGGACGCGCUGCCGCCCAUCCCGCAGGUGUCCUGCGCCGCCGCCAUAGACUACUAUGCCGAGGAGGAGUGGGUGUACUGGGCCGACCCCGAGAGCGGCGCGGGCUGGCGCGCGCGGCGCUCGGGCGCGGCGCGCGAGCGCGUGCUGCAGCAGGCCGCGCCCGGCGCCGGCGCGCGCGACGCGCUGGCCGCGCUGGCCGUGGACCCGCUGGCGCGCAACCUCUACUGGAGCGACGCCGCGCGCGCGCUGCUGCUCGUGGCGCGCCUGGACGGCUCGCACCGCUACGUGCUGCGCGACACCGACCCGCUCGUCGUGACCGCGCUGGCGAUCGACCCGUGGGAGGGCUGGGUGUUCAUGGCGGGCGGCGGUUGGGUGCAGCGCGCGCGCCUGGACGCGUCGGCGCCUGCGCUGCUCUACAACGGGACGGCGCUCACUGACAUCGCUCUCGACCUGCAGGAGAAGUACGUGUACUGGUCGGACACGUGGGACGUGAGCGUGUGGCGAAUGCGCUACGACGGCUCCGACAAGCUGCGGCUGCUGGCCGGCGCGCCGCUGCGGCACCCCGUGGCCGUCGCCGUGCACCGCGGGCAGCUCUACUGGCUCGACACGAUGCUGAAGCAGGGCAGCGUGGUCGCGGCGCCCCUGACCAACCUGAGCGACCACCGCGUGCUCGCCGACAACCUCGGCGACAGCCUCAAGGACCUGACGAUCUGGUCGCAGGCGCUGCAGCGCUCGCAGGGCGCGCGCGGGCGCAACCCGUGCGGCCGGCGCGGCGCGGGCUGCGAGGCGCUGUGCCUGUGGGACGGGCGCGCCGCGCGCUGCGCCUGCCCGCACGGCGCGCUCGCCGCCAACGGCCGCAACUGCACGCCGCACACGUCAUUUUUGAUGUACGCACGUGUGUCCAUGAUCGACACCAUUCACAUCGACGGCGGGAAAGAUCUAAACUCGCCCUACCCACCAAUCGAGAACAAGACGUUGCUACGGAACGUGAUCGCGCUGGCCUACGAGUACGACACGGCCACUGUGUUCUACUCCGACAUCCAGCGCGCCGCGCUGCACGCCGUGCACUUCAACGGCUCCGACCACCGCGUGCUGCUGCCGCAGGUGGGCUCGGUGGAGGGCAUGGUGUUCGCGGCGGCGGAGCGCACGCUGUACUGGACGAGCACGUCGGGCGCCGGGCUGCGCGCCGGGCUGCGUGCCGCGCACGUGCCCACGCUGCUGCGCCUCCCGCUGCACGCGCGGGCGCGCCACGUGCGCACCGUCGUCGCGCUGCGGGACGGCGACCGGCCGCGGGGCAUCGACUACGAUCCGUGUGAAAAGCGCGUGUACUGGACGAACUGGAACGCGUCGCGGCCGUGCAUCGAGCGCGCGCUGAGCAGCGGCCGCGCCCGCCAGGCGCUCGUCACGCGCGACAUCCUCAUGCCCAACGGGCUGGCGCUGGAGCACGCCACGCGCCUGCUGUACUGGGCCGACGCCCGCCUCGACAAGAUCGAGCGCAUGCACUACGACGGCUCGCACCGACAGGUGGUGACGCGGUCGCGCGCCGAGCACCCCUUCGCGGUGGCGGCGGGCGGCGGCUGGGUGGCGUGGACGGACUGGGUCGCGCGCGGAGUGUUCGUGGCCGAGAGGGGGGGCGGCGCCGUGCGUGCGCUGCGCUCCGACGUGCCCCGCCCGUGCGCGCUCGUGCUCGUCGCACCCGACGCGCAGACAUGUUCAUCCGACCCUUGCGCGGUGAUGAACGGCGGGUGCGCAGAAGUGUGCGCAACGGACGCGAACGGACACGCCACGUGCUCGUGCCGCGCGGGCCGCGUGCUCGCGCGCGACGGCCACGCGUGCGUGCCGCCCAGCAGCGAGUGCGCGCCCGAGCAGUUCGCGUGCGCGGAGGGCCCGUGCCUGCCGGAGCACCUCGUGUGUGACGGCGUGUCGCACUGCAGCGGGGACGUGGACGCGAGCGACGAAGAUUUAUACUACUGCACGUCGCGCACGUGCGCGGCGAGCGAGCGCGCGUGCGGCGCGGGGGGGCGCUGCGUGCCGGCCGCCAACGUGUGCGACGGACACGUGGACUGCGACGACGGCUCCGACGAGGCCGACUGCGACUGCCCGCCGGCCACCUACAAGUGCAACGACAGCACGUGCGUGGACGUGGCGGCGCGCUGCGACGGGCGCGCGCAGUGCCCCGACGGCUCGGACGAGCGCGACUGCCCGCAGGGCGCGUGCGCGGCGCUGGGCGACGCCGCGCUGCGCUGCGCCUCGCGGGACCAGUGCUACGCGCCCGAGCAGCGCUGCGACGGCCGCGCGCACUGCGCGGACGCCAGCGACGAGGCCGACUGCGGCGCCGAAACUACGAUCCUUCCCGACUCCGGAUACGACGUAGAAACUUUCGAGGAGCAGCCCGUGCUGGGCUGCACCAAGGAGCAGUUCCAGUGCGGCGGCGACGACGCCAAGGGGGCGGUCGAGUGCGUGCCCAUCGCCUGGCGCUGCGACGGGCGCGCCGACUGCUCCGACGGCUCCGACGAGGCGCUGCACUGCCGCCGCGCCAACGCCAGCGCGUGCGCGGCGGGCGCGCUGCCGUGCGGCGCGGCGGGCGCCUGCGUGCCGGCCGCGCGCUGCGACGGCGCCGCCGACUGCCCGGGCGCCGAGGACGAGGCCGACUGCGCCUGCGCGCCCGGCGCCUUCCGCUGCGCCGCCAGCGAGCUCUGCCUGCACACGGUGAGUCGCCGCCGCCCGCCCGCCGCCGCCGGACCGCGCCCGCCGGGGCUGACGAUCGUUUCUGCGCAGAGUCUGUACUGCGACGGCGACGCGGACUGCGAGGACGGCUCGGACGAGCCCCCGGGCUGCUCGGUGCGCGCGCCGGCCGCGGGCGCCGAGCGCGGCAACGCCAGCGACACGUUCGAGGUGCGGCUGUGCGCGGGCGAGCCGGGCGCGCUGUACUGCCGCGGGCGCUGCGUGCCGCCGGCGCGCGUGUGCGACGGACCCGCUCGUGUGCUGUACGUAUCGCGCGGGGCUCGGCGUCGAGGCGCUCGCGUCGGUCGAGCCGACUACCGACUGGUGUGGUCGUGUGCAGCGUCGUUCGCGGCGGCGUUCGGGUCGGCGGUGGAGGCGGCGGUGGCGGGCGCGCAGGGCUGCGCUCGCGGCUCGUGGCGCUGCGGGAACGGCGCGUGCGUGGCGCCCGCCGUGCUGUGUGACGGGGAGGACAACUGCGGCGACUUUACGGACGAGUGGCACUGCAAUAUCGACGAGUGUCUCGUACAGAACGGUGAGUGCCCACACAAUUGCACGGACCUGCCGGUGGGACGCGCGUGCUGGUGUCGAGCCGGCUGGCGCCGCGCCGGUAACGCCUGCGCCGACGUCGACGAGUGUCGGGAAGACCGACCCUGCGAGCACCGCUGCAGAAACACUUUAGGCAGCUACUUUUGUUCCUGUGCGGACGGCUAUCGGUUGAUGGAGGAUCGAUCCAGCUGUACGCCCAUCUCUUCGGUGAACGCGUCGCUGAUAUUCUCCAACCGCUACUACAUUCGGCGCACAUCCAUCGCCACCGAGGCCAGCACGUCGCUGCUCGUGCACAACCUCACCAACGCGGUGGCGCUGGACGCGCUGUGGGCCGGCGGCUGCCUGCUGUGGAGCGACGUGACGCGCCUGGGCUCGUCCAUCAAGCGUCUGUGCCGCGAAGGGGACGCGCCGGGAGCGCCCGGUGGGGGGGAGGCGCGGGUGGUGGCCGGUGCCACGCUGCAGAACCCGGACGGGCUGGCGGUGGACUGGGUGGCGCGCAACGUGUACUGGUGCGACAAGGGCACGGACACGGUGGAGGUGGCGCGCCUGGACGGUCGCCACCGCCGCGUGCUGCUGCGCGAGGGCCUGCACGAGCCGCGGGCGCUGGCGCUGCUGCCCUCCGCGGGCUGGCUGUACUGGUCGGACUGGGGCGCGCAGGCGCACAUCGGGCGCGCCGGCAUGGACGGGUCGCGGCGCUCGGUGCUGGUGGCGGGGCUGGGCUGGCCCAACGCGCUCACGCUGUCGCUGGCCACCGACGAGCUGUUCUUCGCCGACGCGCGGGACGACUACAUCGCCGUCGCGGACCUCGACGGCUCGCACGUGCGGAUAUUAUUCUCGAGAGACCGCAUGCCGUGGCUGCGCCUGCACCACGUGUUCGCGCUGGCGGUGUGGUCGGGCCGCGUGUACUGGACGGACUGGGAGACGCGCGCGCUGGAGUCCUGUCGCCGCGUGCCCGACCCCGCCUACAACGUGUCGGAGGUGGUGCCGCUGGGCAGCGGCGGCGCCUACCGCUGCCGCACCGAGGCGCACACCGUGCACAAGCCCAUGGACCUGCGCGUGCUGCACCCCGCGCGCCAGCCGCCCGUGCCGCGGUUGACGGCGCUAUGCGAGGAGUUGAACUGCACGGGGCUCUGCUUACUGACGCCCGAGGAGCAGGCGGGCGCGGGGGCCGGGGCGCGCUGCGCGUGUCCGGAGCACUUCGCGCUGGCGGCCGACGGGCGCACCUGCCGACCCAACUGCACCUCGGCGCACUUCGUCUGCCGGACCGCGCUAAAGUGCAUCCCGUUCUGGUGGCGCUGCGAUACACAGGACGAUUGCGGCGACGGGUCGGACGAGCCGGCGUCCUGCCCGCCGUUCCGCUGCUCGCCGGGGCAGUUCCAGUGCGGCAACGGGCGCUGCGUGCACCCGGCGCACAUCUGCGACGGCGCGCAGCAGUGCGGAGACGGCAGCGACGAGCGCGACUGCGACCGCUUCACGUGCCUCGCCUCGCAGUGGAAGUGCGGCGCCGACGCGGCGGGCGGCGUGUCGGCGCGCUGCGUGCCCGCCGCCGCGCGCUGCGACGGCGUGCGCGACUGCGCCGGCGGCGACGACGAGCGGGACUGCCCGCCGCCCACGUGUCCGGCGCACCACUUCCAGUGCGGCACGGGCGCGUGCGUGCCGUCGGUGUGGGUGUGCGACGAGGACGGAGUCCGGUGGCUGCAGCUGGCGCACGUGUCCGCAGCGCUGCCUGCCCAAACACGCGCACAACCACACAUGCAAAUGUGUUCCCGGCUACAAGCAACAUCAACUUCCAGACGGCACUCUGAGCUGCGAGGCUACAGGUGAAAAGGCGAAGGUGCUCGUGGCGUCCAACGGCGUGCUUCGUCUGAUGGAGUUGCACAAACACGACCACGAGCCGCCGCCCGUCGACCGGCCCGAUAGGUAAUGUCGCACUCAA